CAACACUUCUUGAUUCUCGAUCGGUGUUCACGGAGAUUUGCCACCGUCACACCGGAAUUCGAACUCGUGCCCCACCAGCUCAGCCUACCUCUUUUUCGAAUGAGCUCCUUCACGUGUCAAGACUAUUCCAGUCCAGACACAACGGCCCCCAUCACCAAGAAACGGCGUCCGAGCCCUCCAACAAACGAUACCAAUGCCAAUAUCAUAGAAAAAGAGAACCGACCGCGUGGAAGCCUUCGUGGAAAGAAGGCAAAGCCCAGUGCCAGAGACGAAAUCGGUAUGCUGAAGGCGCAAGUAACUUCCCUGGAAGAACAGCUUCGUCAUCUGCGUACCAAGUGGUCCAGGUAUUUACCCGACGAACGCACGUUGACUAUAGCUCAGCACUCUGCCCACAUGAAGUAUGAAAUACGGCAAACGUUGACCGAGCAAAAACAGUUGCAGGAAUUAUUUCAGCAGCAACAAAUUGCGUUCGCUAAGCUACAGUCGAUUGUCCUUCGAGCGCCCGUGUACUCAAAUGGAGACAAAAUAUUCAAGGCGCUGCAUUUCGACACCCGACUCGGACACGAUCCUGAGGAUCGACGUAAUACUCUAAAAGCCCACAACGAACGUUCACUAGCAACAAUACCAUCGAUAAUGGACCAAUUGACGCAGUCGACAGUCGACAAACUACUACAAUACCAAGGCAAGGAUGCCAUCAAGACACCCGUAUUACCGAUCUCUCAUAUCGACGUCACAGGCUGCGCAGACUACACAUUGGUCACCAGUGUCUUCAUGUCCGAAAUUCCACAUCCCUCGCUACAAGAUGUGUACGCAGGCGUUCUAGCGUUUUUCGGCUCGAUCUCAUUGUCUUUAAAGCAUCACUUUGGCAUGAAUGCGACGCAAACAAAACUCAACAGCGAAGAAUCUCCAGUUUACUGGCGAAUGGGCUAUGAAAACGCUGGCGGAUUGCCUGCAACGGCGAACCAAGUUAUGUGCUCGGAGCUGACUACGACUCAUGCCACCGUUCACCUCGAUACCAUCACUGAUGAUCCAUUGCACCCAAGUAACUCAAUCGAGUUUGGCAACUGCGGACUCACCCUUACGCCGCGAAUUGAGUCCGCAACAGACAAAACUGUGUCCGUGAUGUUGAGAUGGGCAGUCGUGUAUCGCUACGAUAUACUUCCAGAUCACCCUAUACUCCAGAAACACGUAGAGAUGAUCCGACCCAUUUUGAACGGAGAUCUCAUCACAGCAUCACUGUGCAACUACAUUCAAAAGCUACUACGUGAACGUAGUGUAACGUAAAAAAAAUCGAUAAAUGUUUCGUGAACAGUCGGAUACGGAUCCUAACAUUUGCCAAGUCCUUUAAGCUAAAGCUUACAAG